AUGGGUGAGCUACCUUUUCAAAUUGUGGAUGUGGAAGGGUUCCAAGUAUUUUGUCACUACAUGGAACCAAGGUUUCAACUUCCUUCUCGUCACACGGUGGCAAAUGAUGUAAAAAAACAUUAUCGAUCUGAAAAAGAGAAGUUGAGGGGUUUCUUGGCGGGUCAGUUUGUUUGCCUCACUACUGAUUGUUGGACAUCGAUCCAAAAUUUUAAUUAUAUAUAUUUGACUUGUCAUUUUGUUGAUGACAAUUGGACAUUGCAUAAGAAAAUUCUCAAAUUUUGUCAAAUUAUUGAUCACAAGGGUGAGACGAUUGGGAGAGCCUUAGAGGUCGCUAUAAAGGAGUGGGAGUUGAUACGCGUUGUGACAUGCAUAGUUGAUAAUGCAUCGUCUAAUGAUACCGCAUUGGGAUAUCUUAAGACCUUUCUUAGAGAGGCAAAUAAGACAAUCUUGGGUGGUGAAUAUUUGCAUGUGAGGUGUGCAGCACAUAUUCUUAAUCUUAUUGUCAGUGAUGGUAUGAAAAAUCUUCAUGACUCUAUUGCUUGGGUCAGGACUGCUGUGAGAUGGGUGAGAUCUUCUCCUGCUAGAUUGGAGAAAUUUAAGGUUGUUGCGCGGUCUGCAGGCAUAACAUCAAAGAAGGGGCUUUGUACUGAUUUGACUACGCAAUGGAACUCAACAUUUUUUAUGUUAGAGGCAGCCCAAGAGUAUAAGUUGGCAUUUUCCUUAUUGGGUGAGGAAGACAUCCAAUAUGUAAAAUAUUUUGAACACGAAGCGAGAUUGGGGAAGCCUAUGACUAAGGACUGGGAUGUUGUAAAAGAAGAAUUAGAUGAGAUUAUUGCGAGCAGUCACACUAGAUUGCGGGAGAUGACAUUGUUGAUAAGGGCGAAGUACGACAAAUAUUGGGGUGGAGAUUUCGAUAGGGCUAAUAUGUUGUUAUAUAUAGCUAUUGCCAUUGACCCUCGGUUUAAGGUGGAUGGCAUGGUAUAUGGAUUGGGUAUUGCCUACGGGCAAGCAUGGGCAGAGCAUAUUGCAUCAAGGGUUAGGGAAACCCUUGAUAGAUUAUUUGAUGAGUUAACCAUCUUGCGGGGUGGUAAUAUUACGGCACCUACUCCUAUCCCCCCACCAGUUCCAGAUGCCAUGACUAAGAAAAAACGUAGAAUGGACUGGGGUGACAGGAUGAAAGGGAACCCAUUAACAAGGAGUACUACAGAGGCUAAGUCAGAGAUAGACAGAUAUUUUGGUCUAGAUCUUGAACCAUAUGUACGAGACUUUGAUAUCUUAGCUUGGUGGAAGGUACAUGCCCCCAAGUAUCCUGUCCUUGCACAAAUAGCCCGCAGGAGUCCAAUUUAUGUUCCGGAUGUUAUUGAUUAUGAUCAUGUCAAUGCCGAGGAGGAGGGUGAUGAUGCACCUGGAUCUGGUAAUGUCACCUGA